CCACGGGUGAAUCCAAUAUGGCGGUGUGUGUGUGGAUGAAAUUGUAGUCGUGGCUUGAUUUUCUGCCGAUUCUCCACAGUUGUGUACCGCUUUGCCAUUUUAGGAGAGAGAACUAUAGGAAGUAUCUAUUUUAUAAAGAAUAACUUGUCAAGAUGAUGGAAGAAGUGACGACCACCCCGGAUGACUCCUACGACAGUUUGGAUGAACAAAUGAUGGAUAGACCUAAAGAAAGAUGGGCACCGCUGGGCGCCAUAGCUAGUCCACCACACAUGCAAGCUCAAGAAUCAAGUCAUGUUGAUGCCUAUCAACAAUUACAGAAACUUGAAGAAGAGCAGGAACAGUUGAACACUUCAUUGCUGGCUCUCACCACACAUUUCGCACAAGUCCAAUUUCGCCUUAAGCAGAUUGUUAGUGCUUCUCAAGAUGAAAAGGAGGUUUUACUUAAAGAAUUGGAGAGCUUUGCUUUCCAAGGAUGUCCAGAUGUCAGAGGGUGCACCUCACAAGACGCUCAGAUUCUGGAAGAUUGUAGUGAUAAAGAAAGAGAAAGCAAAAUAGGUGAAAAAAGAGAGAAACAGGUAGAACUUAUCAGCCAACUUAAAAAGCAGCUUGAUGAUUUAGAAACAUAUGCAUACAAGGAAGGGACAGGAGGUAUACCACAGAAUACAGUAUUGGAAAAACAAACCAUUAUUUUAGAAGAACUCAAAGAAAAACUAGAUUUAAAUUUGGAGGAUUUUGAUAAAUUGAGUACUGAAGACCUCAAGAGGACUGUGGAUGCCGCAGUUGGAAAGAUUGUGAAUCCUGCCAAGGUGAAAGAGAUGGUGAUAGACCAGUUGAAAAGUCAAAUUGGAGACUUGGAGAGAUUUAUCUCGUUUCUACAAGGGGAGGCAACAUCACCAGGACCCCUUGGUAAUGAGAACUGUGACUGUGCUGUACAUGGUGGUAAGGGUAAAGAAGAUGGUGUCUCAGAUGACAGUCCUGAAUGCUGUAUAUCCCCACAAAUACAUAAUGGUGACACAGAUAAAUCAAGAGAAAAGAAUAUUCGAGUUUUGAAACGGGCCUUGACAGUAUUACAGUUGGUCGCAGUCACACAGUUUGGAUGUGGAGCAUCAAAGUUACGAGAAAACCCACCACCGGAUAAAAACACAGAAAAAGGAUGCGAAGAGUUGUUAAAAAGGCUGGAGAAAGCAGUUGAUUAUGUGUAUGAGCUAGCUAGAGUGCAUUUACAUGAAGCGCCACCGUCUGAUAAUGAUUAUACAUCUGAUUCAGAAGAGACACCAUGGACUAGACCGUUAGACGAAGUAACGAUCGGAGUUAGAAGGAAAUUAGCUCCUGCACUUCGAGAUCUCUUCCAGCAUGGAUUGAUGAAGAUGAGUAGAAACCGUAGUGUGAUGUUACCGAUAUCAUGCCUGGUACCGAGGGCGUCAAAGGUCUCUACAAAGAUACACGCAUGGGAAGUAUUAGUCGAGUAUUAUGAAAUGAAAAAUGGACUGCGGUACACGUCAUCACCAGCCAGGAAGUUGUCACAGUCAUUUAAGUUGGAUAUAAUAGGUGGUGCUGCCAUUACAGGUAAACAGACUCUUUUGACUGCCAUCGACAGUGUCAGAGCAUCUCAUGAACCGCUGAAAAGAAGCCUGGACUCGCAAUUCAAGGCAUUUGUGUGUGAAGGUCUCAAUGAACACAAGUUAGCCACUUGGUGCCGACUUUUAGCCAGGACUCCAUCUAUUAUAGAUAUGCACUAUACGUCAUGGAGUUACAUGCAGAAAACAGGAUUUGAGAAAGCCAUACAGCAGCUGGAUCGACUAACACCUCUCAAUUUUUACUUGCCAAGCGACUUGGCCAUCAGGCAGUUUCACAAUAUCAGGGAUGCCUUUUGAUGAAGAAGAAAAAAAAAAGGAAAAAAAGUCUGCUGCCAAAAAUAUUGACUAUUUACUAAUGACGACUAUGGACUUCCACUUGAGUACUUUGCAAAUGAUAUAUUUUAAUCUAAACAAUCAUUGUCUGAUUAUGUGUUUAGUGCACUUGAUCUUGAAUUUGCGUUUACAAUGUGAAUGGUGACACAUGCUGUGUAUUGUCUAUAAAGGCAAUAUCUUGAAGUAUAUACUAUUGUUAUCGAUUACAGUAAAUGCUGUUCAGAUCAUCUGCCUCCAACACUGACGACCAAGAUGCCAGCAACAUUCCUAUAUAAGUGAUGCUGGCAUUUUGGUGGUCACUGUGCAUUUAUUGCUGCUAUGUAUAUUGUACUGUGUAAUAUAUUUGUUGUGUUAGUGUUUAUAAAUCAUGUAACAGUCAGGUCUGUAAAAUCUUGUCAAGCUAAUCUGGAUUACCGUAAAAUGAACUGAUUUGUAAAUUUUGAAAGUUUUUUUUUUGUUUCAGAGGCCUGUUCUAUGCAGAAAUGCAUAUAAAAAUGAAUUGUAAAAUAGUCAAAUCAAAACUUUCCUCCUGGUCUCUUCUGCUCCACCACUCUAUUAUGUUAAUGUGGCCUGACUUGGUGAUGCUGCAAUUAAAAAUGUACCAAGUUUAUGUCAAUGGGUGGUCGAAAGAUAAAUAAUUUUAUGACAUUGAUUUCAAUAAAUCAAGUUCAAAUCAUGUUUUAAGUAAAUACUGUACAGUACAUUUGGAAACACAUGUGUGUAUAUAUAUGUAUAAGAGUAGUCGUAUUCAAAUUUACUUGAUGUAUGUUAAUAGACUAACACAUUAUGUCAUUCAAGUUGCAAUAACCAAUCAAAACACACAAAAAAUCACUCCUUUCUUUAAAUUUAGGGGGAGCUGUAUCUGUAUACAAACGCACAUGUUCUACUGAAAACAAUAUUGUAACAAUAUAUCAGCCAACAGUUUUAUGAAAUUUCAAAUCAAAACUAUCUAAUUUAUUUAAGAUUAUAAACUAUAUAAUUUAUUUCAGAUUACAUAGUUUAACUGUUUUAAUGCAUGAAUGGCUUUAUUAUUUUCUAUUUCAACAGACUGCCAAACGUCAGACAGAAAUCUAAAUGCCAUACCUCAGUCUAAAAUGCUUUUGAAUAUAGCUUCUUAUUUUUCUUUUUUUACUUGCAAUGCUAAUGUUUGCCUAUCAGACACAGAUUGACUUAACAGGGUUAAAUAGGGGUAAAGCAAUAUCAUAUAUACAUCACAACUUCUGUGCCAUCUUCAGAAAAAAAAAACAUUCAAAUAUGAUGUAUUUAUUUUUAAUUUGUUUUCAAGUGCAAUCAAUGUGUGGAUCAGUGUUCUAGUUAUUUCUCAAAAUUUACCUCAUGAAACAUCUACUAUGACUGAAUGCUGAUAUAUUUUAUGUUAGUUAAACACUUAAUAAAUACAUGUGCAUUAUAUUGGUUGACAGCAUUAUCAUUUAUUUAGAAGCAACUGAGAGAGUUACUACUUCAGUGGAAUGAUUGCUAAGACAGAAUUCGCAUGCAGUUGCAUAUCAAAUUUAGUUUGAGUGGUAUGUUGAGUACUGUAUAUUCCAGCUAUCAGAUAGAGGAGUGAGGGUUUCAGUUUUCAAAAUAAUGAUGAUUUAGCAUGUUGUAAUAGUGCUCCUCGGCUAAAAAUCUUUCUGUUAACACUUUUAUUUGGUAUUUAGUUUUUCAAUGUCAUUAUGAAUCUCAGAAUUAUCUGAUUACAUAUCAUCAAUGUUAAUUUAUGUUACCCAUAGAUCUUUUGUUUUUACUUGUACGUUUAUAUCAUAGAAACAUGCUAUAUAAAGUUAUUUUAUUAUUUUACGCUCAUACUGCCAUUUUUGUUAGCUACAUCCUGGUCUUUCAGAUGCUUAUAAAAGCCCCCUCAUGUGAUUUACUAUUGUCAUGACUGUAGAUUGCUUUAUUUUGGGUUUUGAAAAUAUUUUUUGUUUCUGUAGUUUACUCAAAACUUAUUACAAAUCAUUGAAAGGCAGUAAAAGCAACAUAAUGAUUUCCGAGAAAUAAUUUACAGCUAGACAUUGAGUGUUCUACAGUAAUGUAUAUAUUAACACUGAGAACUUCAAACUACAGAUAUAAUUGUGAAGUCUUUAUAUAGUAAAAUUUAUUAUUAUUUUUUUGUAGUUAUUUAUAUUUUAGACAAGAUACAAAAACUGGUGUUGCUUGUUUAAAGUGCAAACUGAUAGUUUUAUGUGCAAUAUAAAUAAACUUAAGAAUU